AUGACUACUGUCUUUUCCCUACAGAAUGAUGACGGCGGACACUGCUGUCUGGUCAACAAGUGGAGCACGUUCCUGAAAGCUCGGCUCAUCUGCUCGGUGCCUGGAGCUGACGGCAUCGAGACACACUUUGAUGAACUAAGGGAUGUGUAUAUCCAGCCGACUCAAGACACCAAGAACCCUGUCAUCUACGGAGUCUUCUCAGUCUCAGGAGCUGUGUUUAAAGGCUCGGCUGUGUGCGUCUACUCCAUGGCCGACAUCCGUAUGGUCUUCAACGGGCCUUUUGCCCACAAGGAGGGGCCCAACUACCAGUGGGUAGCGUACACUGGGAAGAUCCCCUACCCACGACCUGGCACUUGUCCUGGAGGCACUUUCACCCCCAACAUGAAAUCCACAAAGGAUUACCCAGACGAGGUGAUCAACUUCAUGAGAAACCACCCCACCAUGUACAAUGCUGUAUACCCAGUACACAAGCGCCCCCUGGUGGUCAGAACCAACGUGGACUAUGAGUUCACCACAAUUGCAGUGGACCAGGUGACAGCCGCAGACGGGAGCUACGAGGUGCUCUUCCUGGGCACAGAUCGGGGGACGGUCCAGAAAGUGAUUGUCCUGCCAAGAGACGACUUGCAGACAGAGGAGCUGGUCUUAGAGGAAGUGGAGGUCUUCAAGGUUCCCACACCGAUUACCACCAUGAAGAUUUCAUCAAAACGGCAACAACUGUAUGUGGGAUCAGUCUUGGGGGUGACCCACCUGGCUCUGCAUCGCUGUGAUGUGUACGGGGAGGUCUGCGCUGACUGCUGCCUGGCCAGAGACCCGUACUGCGCCUGGGACGGCAAAUCCUGCUCCAGAUAUUCAUCCUCACAGAAGAGACGGAGCCGUCGGCAGGAUGUAAAGUAUGGCAACCCGAUUCGCCAGUGCAGAGGUUACAACUCUAACACCAAUAAGAAUACUCUGGAGACUGUGCAGUACGGGGUGGAGGGCAGCACUACGUUCCUGGAGUGCCAGGCCAGGUCUCCUCAUGUGUCUCUGAAGUGGCACCUGCAGAAGGAAAACAGCGACAGGAGAAAAGAGAUUCGCUCAGAGGGCCGCAUCCUAAAAACAGAACAGGGUCUCCUGAUCCGCUCACUGCAGUCCUCCGACAGCGGCAUCUACCAGUGCACAUCCACAGAGAAAAACUUCAAACACACGCUCGUCAAACUGCAGCUUGUGGUCCUUUCCAGUCGCACGGUCAACAACGUGUUGGUGGAAACCGGCAGCCCCGCCCUCCCUCCUCUGCAGUCCAGCGCCUGGACUCCCAGCGCCGGUCAGUAUAAAGACCUGCUGACCAUCCUAAGCCAGCCGGAGAUGGGCCUGAUCAACCAGUACUGCCAGGAUUACUGGCAGCUCGGAGACAGCGGCCUGGGAGACAACAAAGCCAAAAGCCUGAAGGAGCUGAAAGAACAGAAGAAGCCUCGCAACCGCCGGCAUCAUGAUGAGCAAACAACUCCAGCUGAGACAUGAGGAGCUGGUUACACACUUCAUCGUACUCCCCCCAGUCUACCUUUUCACACCACCUCCUAAACACUGCAACCCUCCAUUGAAGGGGAAUGACUCCAGAUAGAAAGAUGAAAUUAUCAGAGCGGACGAGACAGAUACUGCAACCCAAAGCAACAGCAUCAAACAGUUUCUAUGUAACUGUUGGAAAAAAUACACAAUAUUUAUUGUAGGUUGUAAAAAGUAAUUCUUUGUACCUAUCUAGAAAACAUGUUUUUUUGUUUUUUUUUUGUGAAUAGGUAAAUUUGUGCAAAUAUUGUUGUUAUUAUAAUAUUAUUGUUAGUGUUAUUGUUUAUUACAAUGUGUUAUUAUGUUGAGAAUAUCUUUAUGUUUGGUGUUUUUGAGAAACAGCAACAAUAACCCAGGACUUUGGGAGUAUCCACACAUGGACGAGGACCGAUGAUGAACACGUAUUCAGAAACUGUUACAGGCGACCAUGUUGGAUCACUUGACUGCUGGCAGUAUUCAGUGUCUAAGCUGGAAGUCGAGACUCUCGAACUUCCCAAAACUUCUUCACCAGAACUCUCUACUGUUUAUCGGACAGUUUUUUUUUUCUUACUGUAAGAUACAAGCUGUUGACAGGAUCACGAUCGCAUUUCUUGGGACACGUGAGGAUGAAAGAAAUGCCCACAGACUGCACCUGUGACAUGUCAUGGUCACACGGUCACAUGUUAAUGGCAGGUCUCUCCUUUCAUGUUUGUGGUCCAGCCUGGCCUCAAGUAAUGAUGUUGCAUCACCCACACAAAUUCUUCCAAAAUCAGUUGCUGCCAAGUGUUUGUUUUUGUUUAUAUGUGAAUAUCACAUCUCAAUGUUGUAUCCUUAACAGACGUGAUCUUUGUGAUAAGCUGUUUUUCGGGGGGAAAGGGUCCUUUAACGACACAAAAGCUGAAAAUAUAACAUUGCCUUCUCUUUUCUCUCAUGAGAUAAGAAAUUCCAGCAGGCAGCUAUAUGUGAGUUUGUGACAGUUUGUGAUAAAAAAAAAUAUAUAUAUAUUAGAGACAAAGCACCUUCUGUUGCCAAAUUUGGUAAUCUAGAUAAAACAGUAAAUACUUCACAUGUAUCUGUGGCACAUGCAGCAUAUUCAUACAAGCUGGGUUUUUUUUUUUUUAGCUCUCAAUGAAUCCAAAGUUUGCAUUCCUGCCAGUUUCACUAAGGGGACAUCAAUCAUAUAAUCGGUCUACACUUCCAUUAGAUCACAGCGACAAAUGUGCUGAUUGCAAUGCUCGGGAAUUGGUUCUGUAUUUUCUGUUUCAGCUAUAACCACAGAGGUUUCACAGCUACUUUCGCCAGUCCAAUGCGGUGCCACAGACGUCAUAUAAAACUUCCAUACAGUAAAAAAAAAAAAAAAAAAAUGUCACAAGUACAACCACUAACAAGCUGAUCACCACCACACCUGAAGAGAAAAAUGUACCAAAAUCUUCAGAAGGUGGCUUUUCAUUGUGCAUGGCAUGUACAGUGUAAUGUAUAUGGUAUUUGUCUAAAAUGCUACGUUGCUGUGGAUGUCAGUGAAUGUCUUUCUUGUCGUGGGAAUAUGGAAAUACUGUCAGUGCAAGGAAGAUGCUGAAAGUACAGAAAGGUCAGAUUGUGAUUUUAAAUCCUCUCUCUCAGUCUCUAUCUAUCUAUCUAUCUAUCUAUCUAUCUAUCUCUGUAUGUCUCUUGGUCUCUAUUCUUUUCUUCUUCUGGUCUCAGAUAUUUGCAUAUAUUUCAAACAUGUGCAUCUAUUUUAUUUUCUCCGUUUGGCAGACUUUGCUCUGGGUCAUUGAGGUAAAGUAAUGUAUGAUAUAAUGCACAGUUGAUGUUAUUGUAAUGACUUGUAAAAAAAUUACUAUCUUUUCUUCCUCAUCAAUGUUGCUGACUAAUAAAUUAAAGCUCUAUAUUUUAUAAUAA